AUGCUUCUCACUACCUUCACUCUCCUCACUCUCAGCAGCCUUACCAUGAAGGCCAUGGCAGGGCCGGUUCAAGUGCGUGAGCACCACACAUCGACACACGGAGACCUCACACCAUCGCCAACUCCAUCACAUACCUGGGAAUCCUACGGAAGUGCCCACACACCGUAUUCUUACCAGCCAAUCAAUACGGAAGUACCUCCUGCUCCGCCGUGCGUUAUCACCAACGAGGAGGUCGCAGGGAAAGAGUUGUCUGGAUGCUUGAUCAUCAACUCCAAGGUCCUGACAUCUCGAGUCUCCAAUUCUAUCCUGCUCAACAGCUAUGUCACGGGCUCACAGCUGUCCUUUGUGGCCGUGACCGGUGGUGCUAUCACACUGUCUCUCGUCGACAAUACUCUGAUCCAGAACGCUACCGUGACCCAAAGCACGUUGACAGCCGUCGCUGCGCAGUUGACCACUCUUGACACCAACGUUUUGGCCGGCGUCAACCUGCAGGCUGGUCUGGUGACGAAUAGCACGGGCGCACAGGUGGCAGCUCAGGACUCGACUGUCCAGGGAGACAACGACUUCAAUGGGGCAACGGUGCAGUUCAGUGAUGUGAGCGGUGGAAAGUUCAACCUGAUUGCUUUUUCGACCUGCGACUCGAUCGAUGGGGCCAAGAUCACGCAGGCGAACUUGCAGAACGUUGUUGUGAAGAACUCUCAGAUCAAUGGCGCCAAUAUUCAGGACUUUUUGCUUAUCAAUACCAAGGAGGAGGGAAACAUCCUGAAGCAGGCAGAGAAACUCAACCCAUUUCAGACAGUUUAA